ACACCCUACUGCAAUCCUGGGAGCCGUUGCUGAGACAUAUCAUUUUUUCCGGAAGUCAAAAUGAUUUAGUCAAAUCAAACAAAUACGGAGGCCAUCGAUACAGUAGAUAAAAGGAGAAAGAAUCGGCAACAAUGGCAUCGACAGAGCAACAAGAAGAUCCAAUAUCAGCUAGCUCCAUGGCUGCCUCACGUCUCAAACCUCUCGGCUCAACCACAGCCAAACGUUCCAAAAAGGCGACCCUCCUUGAAGAAGAAAGCCAUUUUUUGAAAGGGAUAAACGUGGACACCUGUCAAGACAUUCUAUCUGUCCCUUCGCCGCCUUCUCCUUCUUUGAGUAUCAGCGCGAGACAACGUCGUCGUCGAUCUUCUUCUGCGUUCAUGCUGGCCAAGAACAGAAGUUCGCCCCUCAAUGAUCUCUCAAACAGCCAUACGCAUUCUCCACAGCGCAAAGUAAACGGGGACAAACAGAAUUCGAGCAAAAGCAAGAAGAGACGGUCCUUAUGCCAUGUUCCCUUGCAUCGAGUCACAACCUCCACUAGUACUUCUUCGGCAUCCUCGAAGUUUCCACCACUUCCACCAAAGCAAGCUUCGCACCGACCCCAAAUUGAUUUGGGCGAGAACCACGAUAAUGUUGGUCAAUCUUCUGGCCAACGAAAGAAGCAGAAAAAGUCCAACAAGCGUCGGCGACAAAGCAUCCUCUUGCCUAGCGAAGUUGGCAUGGCAGAGUUCCAAAAAUCGACGCCAAAUGGCUCCAAGGAGGCAGAAAGAAAUUGUGGCAACGAAACUGACACCCAAGCAACCACUUUGGCCUUGGCGACCAGUAAAUUUUCUGAGCUGCAACGAAAGAUACGAGCAUACUGUUCGCUACCCAAUGAAUCCAAGUCGCGACUGGAAAAUGCCAAAGGUAUCUUGGAAGAGACAGGGUAUCCUUUGUUGUCGCAUCCGCUGUCAGAAGACGGCCGUGCCAGUCGGAAAGACCUCUUGUUGAAGGUCGGGCCAUGUCUCGAGGAAACCGAGGAGAGGAAACACCAACGCUCGAGAAAUGCAGAAGUGUCGACGUCCUGCUUCGUGCAGAAAGUCAAUGGAAAAUUCCAAUACACAGACAAGGAUGGAAAGAAGGUCUCGGCUGACGAGUACAAAGUUUUGUACCUACGCAUCAUUCGGAACGAAAAGAAAGCCAAACACCAGGAGUUUUCAAAACUACGAGAAAAGUUGGCGUCCACGAGCCAAAUAGCACCUCUGGACAAAACAAUGCAAUCGAAGCACCAAGCGACAAAGACUGCCAGAAAGGAACCUCCCGUGUUAGAAACCGUAGAAAAAGACAGAAGGCAACUCGCCCACGGCGGCGACGAUAUCGAGGAGGGGAACCUGAGCACUGCAAGCCCGAAAAUAAUUGAAGAAACGAAAGUAGAGCAAGUCACUCAAGCAAUGGGACAGCGCAACAACUUGAAAGAAACUAACGAAAGUGACGACAAGCGGCUCUCAAACACUGAAUGCCAUGAAGCCACUGCAUCCGUUGUGGCUAUCUCUGAUUCAGCCCCCCGAGACACAAUGAAUUUGGCAAUGAUGCCCACGGAAGAAUCUGCGGAUCCUGAGAUUGCUCAAGCGGAACGGAGGCUCUGGGAUGCGAUCGAUGAGGCGCUUCAGACGUAUUCAGAACAAGUUUUGGAUAUCAAAGCAAGGAGACGAGCAGCGAAAACCGUCACAACGGAACUCGCAUAGUAUUGGGUACCGGUGCAGAGUUGCAAAACCGAAACGAAAACUUCCGUCUCUUGCCCUUUUUCUUAUUUCGAAGGACGGCCCAGCAAAUGGGCUGGGCAAGGUCUCUCUCGAGAUAUGGCCACAUGUAAAACAACUAUUUAGUCGCCUUCUUUUUGAUCUCCUAGUGUAACCGCUUUCAUUGUCCGCACACAGGUUGGAAUGUCCUUGAGGCUCAGGCAUCCCGAAAGCUCCAAUCUUUCCAGGCUAGGCAAAUUUGCAAGUGUCUCAGGGACCACCUUCAAGCUCUUGCAUGCCGAAAGGUCAAGAAUGCGAAGAUGAGGCAAAGAUCCUAGUGACUGAGGGAUUUGUUCUAGCUUCUUGCAUGCUCUCAAGUCCAAAAGAGCCAAGCUCUUCAAUUUAUCGAUGUCGUCGGGGAGCCAGGUUAUACCUUUGCACUUGGUCAGAACAAGGUCCUCGAGAUCAGCCCACUUUUCCAGGUUUGGAGGAAGCGAUGUCAGAGAAACACACUUGGAAAGAGACACCUCCACUAAGUUGCACUCCACUAUCGAUUCCGGAAGUGCCUGGACGCAUUUGUUCUCCCUCAUGUUAAGUCGCUUCAGACGUUUUAGCUUUCCAAUCUGCUCCGGGAGACGCUUCAGAGCCUUGCACUUGUCCAGGUUGAGUUCUUCCAAGUUUGAUAGUUGACACAGCGAAUCAGGAAGUGCUUCCAACACUUUGUUACCAGUCCCAAAAUGCCCCCCAAGGCACAGGCGCUUUAGACUGGGCGGAUGGGU